CGUGACAAAAAAUUCACUCAAAUCAUUGCUUGUUGUUAUAGAUAGAUAGAUAGAUAGAUAAAACAACAAGAUAGAACUAUAGGAAGCAUGUCAUGUGGUCCGCGAUACUUUAGCAAAAUUGAAAUAUCAACAACAUGAAUAGAAUUAAAGAAAAAAAAAAAGUAUUGUAAGCUUUUAAUGAAUGAUUUUGAUCAAAUUAAUGAAUAAUUUUGAGCCUUUGAUUAAAUUAAGAUAUUCUGUUAGAGUAUAUAGCGUUAGAGCUAAGAGUGUCAAAAUAAACUUUGACACCGUUGAUGUUAAUUGAUCCCUUUGAGUUAUAAUUCUUAUUGGAAAUAUGAUAUGAUCACUCUAAAGUAAGGCCAAUGCUUGGAUCUUUCUUUAUAAACUAUAUAGUACUCAGUUGCUUGGGUAGAAAGAAAGUGAAUUUUGUGGAAGAUAUUUUGGAAGGUUAGUUGUUAAUUUAUAAUUAGAUAUGAAAAAGGUGAACCAGGAAGGAAGUUAGUAGUAUCCAAUGAAAGGUGUAUGUUGAAGCCAAGUCAGCACAUUAUCCAUUCCAGAUGAUAUUUGGAAAUGAAUGAGUGGCUCACCACUUCAAUUCAAACUGUGGCACCAGAAUCAAUAUUGAUCUUCAUUCAUUUGUAGAUUAGAUUAGUAUCAAUCAAACAAACAACAUCCAAUUUCUAAAUCAAUUAAUGGCCUCCUCAACCUCAUCAUCUAGUUUCUCAAUAACAUCCACCCUUAUUGAUGGAAAACUUCCCUGCAGACAAUCAUCUGUAUCUCCACAAUGUGUGAGCCUUCCCACUCUUCCACCUCCACCUGUGCAGUCUCAUACUCGUACUAGUCCAUGGAAGACCACAUCAUUCUGUAGGAAGAUUGCUCGCAAUGUUAUGUCAAUGGCUUCCAGUAGUACCACAACAGAUCAGGAAACCACAGCAGCAGUCGUCGAUGAGGUUGCUGCAGCCUCAACUGAGCAGCUGAGUGUUAGUGAUGAUUCUCCUGAAUUUCUCAAGACUGUUCAGCAAGCUUGGGAGAAAGUUGAAGACAAAUAUGCAGUGAGUACACUAGCGGUAGCUGGUACCGUUGCAUUAUGGGGCACGGCCGGGGUGAUCUCAGCAAUUGAUAGGCUUCCUUUAAUUCCUGGGGUUCUUGAAGUUGUAGGCAUUGGCUACACUGGGUGGUUUGCAUACAAGAACCUAGUUUUCAAGCCAGACAGGGAAGCUUUGGUACAAAAAAUAAAAGACACUGUUAAAGAAAUUACCGGAAUCGAAAGCUAAAACAGUACUGGGAAAUGAAGAUUCUUCAUUUUGUGCCAAUAUAAAACCUUCUCAACAUAAUUUGUUUGUCCCAAAUAUGCAAUCUAGCCAGAAAUUAAAUAAAUGUAACUUUUUAUGCAUACAUAUAUUUUCAAUAAAAUUAAUGCAAUUGCUACGCUUAGUUAUCCCA